UGCAAACAUACUUGAUGUGUUUGUCCCCAGGGUGCAGCAAACAUUUGAUACAAAAGAAGAAGUCUACCUCUUUUACCUUGACUAUGCAAAAUUGGCUGGUUUUAGUGUCAGGACAAAAAGGACUAGUAAAGAAACCAGACACUGGGUUUGCAACCGUGAGGGGUUUCUGAAGCCAGGUCAAGAGAAUGAGGAGCCUAUGACAAAUAAGACAUCGAUGAGAAUUGGUUGCCCUGCUUAUGUGAAGGUGAAGGAGGACAAGAAGCGCAAUAUUUGGUAUUUUCAUCAUGUUCAGGAAGCACACAAUCACAAACUUGAACCCUCACCAAGGAUGGUGAGAUAUAUGCAUUCUCAUAAGCAGAGGGAGGCAGCGUUGGAUGACCUGUUUGCAAUCAUGUCAAAGAGUGGUGUGCCAACACAGGCAGCAAUGAAUGUAAUGUCAGAAUUAUUUGGAGGCCGUCAAAACUGGUCGUUCACAGAGAAAGAUGUCCAUAACAAGUAGGUCAUAAAAAAAACUGACAUCAUAUCUUUGUGCGAUAUAUUGACAACAUCUUCAUUUGUUUUUUCUUUUAUGGUACAAGAAAGCUGAGCAAGCAAGGGAGGAGAGAGAUGGUGACAUGGAUAAACUGUUCCAAUUUUUCAGGGAGUGCAAAGAACACAAUGAAUACUUUUACUGGGAUGUGGAUUUUGAACCAAAAACAAAUGUGCUUCGGAGCAUUUUUUGGUGUCAUGCAAGUCAGCGUGCAGAAUACAAGGAUUUUGGGGAUGUAGUCACAUUUGACACAACACACAAGACUAACAACAAGCAUAUGCCGUUGGCCAUGUUUGUGGGUUGCAGCAAUAAUUUGAAAAAUGUGUCUUUUGGCCAAGCACUUCUUCGGGAUGAAACAAUAGACACAUUCAGAUGGCUUUUUGAGACCUUUAAAAGUUGCAUGGGUGGUCAGCAGCCUUUUGUGAUUCUUACAGGUAUGCUUUGGCUACAAAAAAAUGCUUGUCACAUAAUUACUGCUGUGUUGUUGCAACUGUAUAUUUGAAGAUGAUUACAAUAUUUUAAACUGCUUGAUUGCAAACCUAUUGGGGGGUUUUUUUGCUGAUUUUUAUUUUUGACACACAAAUGAAGAUGCAGCGAUGAAGGAAGCAAUAAGGAUUGUGUUUAACAAGACACAACACCGAAAUUGUCGAUGACACAUAACCAGAACAUGGGAUUAUGAACUCGAGGAGCUGUACAAAUUGCACAAUGAUAAUAAUCUAAAGGAGAAACUGCAGUCCCUGAUAAACUAUCCUCUGGGGCCCACACAAUUUGAGGUGGAGUGGAAUAAGCUGGUGGAUGAAUGUGGCAUAAGAGAACACCCUGCAGUUGUUGCAUUGUGGCAGAAAAGGAAGAGAUGGAUAGCAAUAUAUUUCAAAGGCAUGUACUGUGGGCGAAUGACUUCCACCCAGAGAUCUGAGAGCCAAAACAGGGUUUUGAAAGAUGGUUAUGUUAACAAUGUGACAAGCCUGCAUAUAUUUGCAAAGAGGGUGCUUGACUCGAUUCAGCACACAGACCACAUGGAUGCUGGGGAGUCACACUACUCACAGACUGAAGUUGUCAGAGCCUGCAAAUCAAGAUUUGAUGAGCAACUCAGCAGGGUGUACACCAGGGCUGUGUACAAUGAAUACAAGAGGGAAUAUAUUAACAGCACAGCUUUUGUGAUAGAGCCUGAUCCGGGAGUGGAAUGCGGUUACUUGGUGAAACAUGAGAAAGGCGAUGGGACAUUUUGCUGGGCACAACACGCAUUCAAGGUGGUGGCUGACAAAGCAGCAGGCGUGUAUAAAUGCGAAUGCAUGCAGUGGGAGCAUACAGGUCUGUUCUGCAUGCACAUAAUAAAGGCAUUCACCCACCUCCAAGUCCAAAACAUACCUGAAAAGUACAUUCUGAAGCGAUAUACACGUAAUGCAAGAUCUGUGGUUCCGUGGGACCGGCACGAUGUGAGUGUUGGUGGUCAAAAUGAGACAGAGCAGUCAAGGUUGUCGAAGCUGCUGCCAAAGUUAAUGCGACUGGGAAGAGCGGGAAGCAAAUCUGAUAGAGCAUACACUGAAACUAUCAGGCACAUCGACAUGAUAACUCCUGGGAUUGAGCUUCUACGAACAGCGGAGAUUGGUCCGAUUGGUCCGGACGAAGCAACAAAUACUGAGUUGCAGCAAGAUGCAGAAGGACGGCGGAAUAUUGGUUCCAUUGCACCAACACAACAAAGUUCUGACAACAAUAUAGAACCUGUUGUGAUGCCAACUGGACCUACACCACCACCGGAAUCGGGCCUGAAUCCAGAUUCUGCAAACUGCCUCACUGAUCUAAGAUUGACUGAACCGCCAAUGUCGCGCACGAAGGGUAGGAAGUCUACCAGUGGGGCUAAAUGUGCUAAAAAUAGUGUGGAACCUGCUAAUCCAUACAGCACAUAUAGUGGUGGUCAGGGCAUAAGAGAGUGCCAAACCUGCCAUGUUAGGGGGCACUAUAGCACAACAUGCCCUCAGAACCCAAACAGAAGCAGUGCGGCCGAGAAUAAGGACAAAAAAAGAAGUGCGAAAACUAUAGGUUGGACUCCAAGAAAAAGAGGUCGCCCAACAAUAAAAAAAGAACUAAAUGGGAAUCAAGAUGAGGCACAGAGUGAGGGGGAUGAUACACAGCAAUCUGGGUGCACUAUGGCGGUGCAGGAGUCAGCAGCACACGCGGUGAUUGCAAGAAUUAAGAGGGCGACAACUUGCCAUGUUAAUUACCAGGACGAAAGUGAUUAAGGAUGACUAUGAAUCUGACUGAAUCUCCAAUGUAAUAUUUCAAUUUUAUCUUAUUUUAUAACUCUGUGUAAGUUAAACUAAAUAAUGACUGUGUGACUGUUCGGAAAUCAGUGGACACACAUGACCAACCAAUUGCAACAUCGUAGUUGCGCUGAUUGCAACUGUAUGUAUACACUGAAUAAUACAUGAAUCUGUGUUAUCUGUUUA